AGGUUUAUCACAUUAUGGAAAUCCAUUUAUGUUUACAAUUACCGUCCGGUCCUAUUAUUUUCGUAAUACAUGUUAAAACAGUUGGGCAAAGAAUCUAUGCUUUACUAGAGAAGGAAAAUCUGGCGUUGAGGCAGCAAUUACAGGAAAAGGAUGAGUUGAUAAAAGAAAUAAAAAUAGAAUGUGAAAGGCUUGAAAUGGAGAAACGAAAACUUUUUGAAGAAUGUAUAUCGAUAGAAAACAAACUACAGCAGUUGAAAGAUAGAUAUGGAAAUUUGGAAAAAGAAUACAAAGAUACAUUACUAGAGCUUGAAACACUUUCCGUUGAGAGCGAUUCCAAAACGAACUUAGGGAAGGAAAGCGAGACGUUGCAAAAACUAUUUUCUCCAAAGCCAUCGGCAUCGUUAGUUGUUAACAUGGAAGGUAAUAGUUCGCCUCAUUUUAGUCCCAGUUCAACCAUAAAUUCUGACGUUCAGCCGAGCGACGUUCAGUCCGAGGAGGAAAAGAAACCAUUGGCUGUUUUGCACUUGUCGUUUUCAUCAGGAAAGCAAUCUGUAGGCGAGGAUGGAGAAUUGGUGGUAAAUGCAUGUCAAGCCGAUACCGAAAGCAAAGAAUUUGAAGCUCAAAAUCAGAACCAAGGGAAGCAUGAAAGCUUUGAUUCUUCACUUGAUUCAACGCGGUUCCCUAUUGAAGUAGAAGAAAGAAGUAAUGCAGAGCCGUUAGGUCUCAUAAAUGAACCUUCUUCUUCAGUUAGUUCCCAUGUCUACAACGUUUACAGACUAUUAUUAAUAACAAUAUCCGAUAGGUUGCCAAACAGCGAUAUUAUCAAGCUUAAAGAAUGGGCGGAUGAAAAGUUCUCAGUCGACACUGAUCUAAGUGCAGAGAAAGUUAUUUUACAAUUGGACCAGAAAAGUGCUAUCAAUAUACUGGAUUUAAGUCCGCUCCGUGCAUUCUUGGAGUCAAUUUCCAGAUAUGAUCUGGUAUACCUUAUCGAUGAAUUUUAUAAUGGUGACUAUGCUAAGUUGAAACAGUUGAUCAAACAGCAUGAGUCGAGAAACAAUAUUUACGAACGAGUGACCAAUUUAAAUCGAGUACACUCAUCUGGCGUUCUUCUACCACUCAAUAAGACUCAAGGAUCUUCGCUAAAGCCCAAUCCCGUUAACCGGGAUAUAAACAUUGUUCAAGAAUUACAACGACCUAGCACAGCUGACAAGAACAAUGGCGUAUUCAUUGCCAGGAAUCGCCAAUGUACUGAUAGUGUUCGUUUAAAUUCUACCAGCACCAGCAAUACUAUUGUAAGUUGUAAUAGAUUUUCAACGCAUGAAAAUUCAGAAGAUAUUCCUGAUGAUCCUGCAGUUAAAAACACAAGAGGUUGGUAAACAAACUAUUUUAAUUUUCCAGUGUUUAAAAAUCUUUAGUUCCAAUCAAUAUUUUUUUCUGAUAAUUAUGCCAUUCCCGAAAUCUGUUCUACCCUUCACAAUAGACAUUAAUUUUUAUAUCUAUUUCGGUAAAAUUACAAAUAAGUGCAGAAAGGUUUGGUGUGAUGUCACAUCCAAUAGUAGGAAUGGGAGAGGGUCUGGACGCACCCCUAGGAUUGCAUUUCCUGCGUUUGCUGAAUCAGAUUUUUGGUUAUACUGUAGAUAGACUUAGUAUUCCUUAAAGUACAGGCAUGGUAUGUUUAUGUAAAUAUCGCAACUCGGUCACUCUCAGAUAUGCUAUCUAAUGGGAAAUUUUUAAAAUCUAAGGUACUCACAACACAAUGUGAAAUUGAACAAUUGAAACAGCAAAUAUAAUGCAAAGUUAAAUGAACAUUUCGUGAAGCGUUCAAGAGUGAAUAUUACCUUAUAUUUAAGCUUAUGGAGGAAAAAUAACAUACCUAUUUAUAUAAUUUAGAAAUUGAAAAAAAAAAAUAAUUAAAAACAAUGAACGUGCAUUCGUGUUGCCAUGGUAUCUAUGCCACGCGUUAAGUGCAUUGUUUGGGGAUUAUAUUUAUUUUGUUGACUAAAAAAUCGUUACAAUGGACCAUUUGCAUUAUAGACUAAAUUUUGAUCUAGACAAAAAUUUCAUCACAGCUUCAAAGAACAUCACAAAAUUAGUAAUAUUCCAAAGUUUCGUUGCGAAAUGUUGUGAGAUGCGGAUAAUAUAGCCUUGCGAAGUUUGCCGUUUUUCAGCCAUUUCGUGUUACGCACGGGAAAUUGACAGCCCAAUCGGGUGUUGGGGCAUCAAUUUCCCGUUUGUAAUACAAAAUGACUGAAAAUUGCAAAUUUUGCAAGGCUAUAUUCAGGGUUGCAAAAUCUGUUCAAAUUUUCUCCGGGUAAAAUUUAAAGUUUUCAAACCUUCCUCAAAAUAAACUAAAUAGAUACGGCUUGAUCAAAUAGCAAUAUACUAGAGUAUACAGGGUGUAUCAAAAUAAACGCAAUUCAUUUUUGUGCUUAAUAACUUUCGAAAUACUAUUUCUAGUUAAACGCAUUUUGGCUUACUUCAAAGCCUGUUCUUUUCUCUUUCAAACAAACUAUUAUCUUUGUCUCCAAUGCUAGUAAUGAUUGCACAGGAAAAGAUUUAGUAAAACCUAUCAUUUUUAGUUGCUGUUUAAUUAUGCAAGUCUACUAUGUUAUUGUUUAGUCGGUUUAAAUGUUAGAAUUUUCUUCUUUAAACUUUAGUGUUGUCGUCAUUACAUCUGGAAAACCACGUAAGAACAAAUUAAAAGUAUUUUAAAAGAGACCAGGUUGUUUGAAAAUCCCAAACGAACGCUAAAAAUCAUAGAAUCAAAACAUUCUUGUGUCUGAGCCAGAGUGUCAUCGAAUUGCGAUGUAAUGUAAACAGAAAUUAUAGCAAGCUGAUGUCAGUCAGCUUAGAUGGUCCAAGCCAAAAUUAUAUCGCAUUUGAAGUUUCAAACUGUGUUAAAAAUAGUGGGAGAAAAGCCGUAAUUAUACUUAUUGUUACAAUCCAUUUAAUAAAAUGCAACAUUUGUUUGUUUUAAUGAAAACAUCAGUUAUUUUCAUGAGAACGAUUUGUUAUUCCUUCUCAAUUUUUUUAAUCUCCAAUCGCAAUAACGUAUAUUAUUAUUACCCGCGAACCAAUGAGUCAAAUUUAAGAAACAACCCAUGCACUGUUAAAAAGCUGAAUGGCUACGCUUUAAAAUGAAUGUAAACUUUAACGUUUUCGUCUAUUAUUUGUUUAGCAAUUUACAUUUCAGUCGAGGAUUGCGUUUUUUUUUUUAUACACCCUGUAUAAUCUUAACUGAUUCUGAAAGCAUAUAACACACAGUACACGAUUCUAAUAUAUAAAUUUGCCAUAAUAGAUUUAUACUUUGGACAAAGUGGACAGUCCGUACCUACUACGUCUACAUCCUAUAUCAUAUAUUGAAUAUAAAAUAAUAUUAAAAAAUGAUAUUACUGUACUUGCAUGCGCUUUUGAAAGGCAUUUGAGAGUGUUCAGAUCCUCAGAAGUGUGACCCAAUCGCCCAAUUUCACAAUCAGUGAGGCAGCGAAUGCUCUCACUUGUUUCUGAGGCAAAGUGCUAAAUUUAAACAAAGCAGUAUGACGUAGAUAGUGCCCUGCAUGGCAGUUUAUGGCAAUGUUUGGAGUGGUUAAAAAUCAAUGCAAUGGCAAUAUACCUCUAUACCAGACGCUACCAAUCCUGCAAUAUAUUUAUGGUUAUCUUAUAGUUUGUGGGAAUUGACUGUGUAGGUAUCAGAUAUGUAAAUAAUGAUUUCGAUUAUAGGACCUCGAUAUAUUCCGUCGAUCUGUAUUAAAUAUGUAUGACAGCUAUACACAACUCAGUAAUUAAGCUCUACAUCACACAUGCUAAAAUAUCUUCCUCAACUUUGUUUAUAAUGCCAUAUUUAUAUAAUUAUUACAAUGUUUAGUUGCUACAACAUUGAUGGUUUAUUUCAUUAAAUAAAAAAUUCCUAACAUUUAAUAUUUCUGAGAGUUCUGAAGUGAAGUGUCAAAAACCAAAAUAAACAUAUUACAGUACACAUUUCUGUCAUUUCCAACAUAUCUCCUUGAACUAAGUGCAAAGUUCCUGUAAAAUGCAAUGAAAUUUCUUUCAACUUUCUGCUUGUUUGAAUUGGCAGUUUAAAAUGGCACUAAAACUCCCAAUAUAAAAUAUAAAAUACCUUAACUGUCUUGAAAUAUUUUGUCGGGCGAUACAUUUAUAUUGUGUAACAAAAUAUAAAAAAAUUUAACACAGCUCUUAAAACACAGUUGGGCUGUGAUGAGAAUCCAGCAAGUUAUUUUAUGUGGCCUAAGGCACCUCUGAUACUAGACACUUACACGUUUUAAUUUUACAGAAUAUUUUCAGUAAUUUGUCUUCUCAGUACUCUCCAAUGUCAUAGUCAUCUGGUAUACUGUAGGUAUGUACUACUGUAUAUCACAAUAGUGCCACCACAACUUGUCAGCCUCAACUGCCUUAUUCAACCUUGAUUUAUUUGUUUUACUCUUUUGGUGUUAGCGACCAUUGGCCACUAAACCUUCCUCACUGACCUCACCUAUAUUAUCCGCACUUUACAACAUUUCGCAACGAAACUUUGGAAUAUUACUAAUUUUGUGAUGCUCUUUCAAGCUGUGAUGAAAUUUUUGUCUAGACUUGUUUAGACCAAAAUUUAGUCUAUAAUGCAAAUGAUCCAUUGAAAUCAAUAUGUGUCACCGAUAUGUUAUAUGCUAUUCCUGACUGAAUAUAUUUGACCUUCAAAAAUAUAUAUACUUCUAUUUCCACAAAGUUAAUAUGAAGGUUGUAAACUCUUUCAGAAACGUUGGCGAAAUUUUUACGACUGCGGAUAUAUUACCACACGUUAACCCAUCUUUCCUCCACAUUUGUUUCGGUUUAACGAAUAAGAAACUCAGAGUUUCAAAAAGCGUUCAACCUUCCUUCGAGUAACAUUCAAAUUUUCAAACCUUCUAGGCCACAAAAUAAUGUUAGUUAUGGCUUUUUGAAAUUGGAAAAUAUAUAAUUAUGUCUUUCAAAAUCAGUUUCUUAUUCUAACUAGUAUAUUUAAUUAGCAUUGAUCAGCUGCUUGAUUGCAAUGUACUCUCAUAUAGACAAAAGGGUCAUGCUGGCGACUGCUAGACGAUGUAUAUGCUGAUAUGCAACGAUUGCUACAGAAACCGGCUCCCUAGAAAGUUACUGUUGUCAUGCGACAGCGUUAGGAAAUGUGUACCACAUAACUACAGAAUCGAUACAAUAUCAGCAUUCUGCCAAACCUCGAUUUGUCAAGUAUCAGCUAGUUUUGAGUAUAGAGUGUUCCACAUUAGUGAGAUUAAGAAAACGACGUCUUUGUCAACACGAGUACGGAUGUCACCCAAAAAUUGGUAUAACUAAUUUUGGCGGAAUUUUGCAUCAUGCCGCUCGUGUAAGGAAGCAAAACACUUUAAAAAUCUUAUGUUUUGUCAGAUCUGCUGUAGAUUACCACAAACUGACAGUUUUUAAUCCAGUAUCCCCUCGACAAUCUAUAACGUUGCUGUUGGCAAGAACUUUGUCUGCUUAAGAUCGUUAUAAAAACCUUCCUCACUGACCUCACAUAUGCAGGUAAACCUUCCUCGCGGUGGUGCCCCCAUACCCGCAACUUUUUUGGAACUCGGAAAAAAAAUGAAUACAUGCAGUAUAUAAAAUUAAUUUGAAUUAGCCUUUCUCACGACGACGAAUAUCCGCCAUUUUUUGGUGGCAUCUACAAUCCUGGUCAAAUAUCCUUGGCGCACUUAAUCUAAAUAGCAUCAGCUUUACUUCAUUUCUGAUUACCAUAUAAAUACUUGCUCAAUUGAUGCAAAAUUUCAUGUCCAAACACCCCCUAUCUCCCUUAUCAAUGUUGUGUAACACCUUGGACGUCUAACACACAUCAAACAACAUUGAACGGGGGAAAGGGGGGUUGCUAUGCUUGUUAUUGAAAUGAGAAUCAAAUUUCGCCCAGUCUGUGUCAAGUGCGCCAAAAUAUUUGACCAGGAUUGUAGUUCUCGUUAACCAAUGCAGACAAUUAAAAAGCAUGUGAAAAGCAAUUUUUCAAAAUAAACUAACCGUUUACGUAUACAAAGCAAAUUUACCACCAUUCGUCCAAAUAAUUAUAAAAAUUCGCUGUUAUGUGAAUUUAUCUCGCAGACAUCGGCUGAAAAACCACACAAAAAUGGCGGCGUGAGAAAGGCUAAUUGAUUAUAACCGUUUUGUGCAUUUAACCAAUUUAGGAAACCCAAGUGAUGAGAACAGAAUGAGUCUAACGGAUACUCCAGUGACUACAAGAAAAAUCAAUGGAAUGGAGAUGCCGAAUGCACGACAGCCAUCAUCUCAAAAUCAUGACGCCCAGAAUGAUGCUGCUUCUUCUCAAUGCCAUGGUACUUUUCAAUGCCAACCAGAUGAUCAAUUCGAGGGAUCAGGAAACGGUGAUGAAGACAAUUGGCUAUGUAAUCAUUACAAAAGAAGGUGCUUGGUGAAAUUCGAAUGCUGCAAUAAAUACUGGCCAUGCCACCGUUGUCAUAACAGCGAGAGCUCGUGUGGGCGUACGAAACUAAAAUCACGUGAUACGACGAUGCUCAAGUGUGUCGAAUGCGGAAAAGAACAGCAGGUAACGAACAAGAUGAUAAAGUUGUUUACACAUAUUUGUGAUUUCUUUAGUACAGUGCCGAUGUGCAACAGCAGAAGUUAUCUAGUGACAUGGUAAUAAUUGAAUAAUUUAAAGAGAAAGCGGUUUCUUAGACUUGUAAACCAAUUGAAACGAAAUACAUUAAAGCCUCUUUGUUAAGAAAAAUUGCUCGUAUCCUGAAAGCUGUGUUUGUUAGCAAGUCCAAAGUAUUAUUUUUGGAUUUACUUUGUGUGCGAAAAAUGGUAAGCUAUUUCUUGGUCGGAUAAUAAUAUAUUGAUAUUGGACGAUUUAUAAGCUGUAAUUCUUUCGCUUUUUCUUUCUAGUUUGGUAAAAAUGGUCAAUUUUGUGUUUCGUGUAACACUAAAUUCGCUAAUUUCUACUGUGGACUGUGCAAACAUCUUACUGGAAAUGAUGAUUACCCCUAUCAUUGCGAUAAAUGUGGCAUUUGCAGGUAAGAAUUUGACAUAAAAUUAUAGAACGUAGGCUACAUUUUCCAUCCAAAGUGUACUAGGAAAAAGUGGGGAAUUAAGGUAGCGAAUAUUUUUGCUGUACAAAUACAAUCUUUAUCUUGUCAGAAUUAUGAUCGAGUCGCGUUUAUUUUCUAGGAUUCAUGGAGAUCGAUCGUUUCAUUGUGAUGUAUGUGGUGUUUGUCUUGAUGUUCAACUUCGUGGAAAUCAUAAAUGUCGUCCUGAUUCCGCCCAUGAUGAAUGUUGCAUCUGUUCGGAGGUGAAUACAUAAUCUUAUUUCAAUGCAAGAUCAAAUUGUUUGCGACAGAAUGAUUAACUAAUAUGAUGCUCCAGUGUAUCGGAAACUUGAAGGAUUACAGGAUCAAACGUGCAUAUAAAUAUCACACGAACUCCGACUUUUCAAGGUUUUUCGUUGUUAUUCACUGUAUUCCAGACGAUUAGUCGUGGCUCAAAGGGCCUUGAUAGUUUUUUUUAGGUCGGUUUAAUGCAGUAAUCCCUCAGAAUCCUUCCGAAAUUAAUUUUUAAUUUGUCAACAUAAUUUGUUUUGACUGUUUUCUACAGGACGCAUUCACGGGCUGCCAGAUUCUUCCAUGUUCCCACAAAGUUCACAAAGAAUGCGCCAUUCAGAUGAUUCGGAGCGGAAUGUAAGUCCAUUGAUCGUUUAAAAUAUUUGCACAUAUAAUUUCCUCACAACAAAAUUUUGCAGUCAAUGGAAAUAGACUCAGGGCUAUUGGGGAGAGGAUUAAGGGCAAUCGCGAAAAGGAUUAAUUUUUUUUUGUUGUGGUAUUGUAUUUGGCGACAAAAGUUAAAACACAUAUAUUGCCAACAAUUUUCCGAUAUAGGCUAUAUGUGUCGACGGGGUUGAGGUUGGGUGGGGAGGUCAAAUUCGAUUAGUCGAACAAUGUAGAAAUCUACGACAAAAUCCUUCAUUUUUCCGACAAGAUGCUUUCAGUGGGUGGUGUCACCCCCCUUCUCCCACAGCGACGGCCCUCGAUAAAUUGGAAUUCAAAGUAGUGCUGUUCGUGACCAAACUCAAUUAUACACAAUUCUUCAGAAAGAGUUGAAACAGAAUAAAAUAGAAAACACGUCCGAUAAUACAAACACACAAACAUCAAUACUUAACUAGAAAAUACAUGCAUCCAGAAACCCUUGCCUUACUGAUAAAACAUUAUGUUUUCGGAAAAUGAAGAGUUGGAAAGUAGUUGUUAUGGUAACACGAUAAUUUUAAGAAUAGUUUUAAAAUUGAAAAAUCUUCUCAAAAUAUCACUUUUAAUAACAAAAUUAUCAAUUUCCCAAACAUAUAUAUGCUAGGUAUGUUAUUAUGCGUAAUAUAAGCUUCAACUUAAUUGAAAAAUUCAACCACAAAUGCUUUGCAAAACGUUUUAAAAUGUUCUUAGAACUAAACGGCCUUUUAUCGAGUUAUCGGUAAACAUUGAGUUUGAAAUAAACUGAUUUCAAAUACUCGCAUGAAAAUAGCUUUGCUUUCCUCUUUAUUUAAAUAUUUUAAGAUACAAAAGAAAGGGUAAUUAAUAAAACUACACUGAAAUUAUAUGCUGUCUUUAAUUUUUCACUUAUAUGCGCAACGGCAACGACAAGCGCAACAAUAGUGUAUCAGUUCUAUAUUCGCAGUAUCGCCCACUACUAUCAGUUAUUAAUAUAUCAAUUAUAAAACAAACAAUACAUCAAUAUUUACAACAAAUUUACCUUCAUUAACGUCGGCGACUUUGCUCCAUUCUUUUAAAAGUUUUUAGACGUUUUUUGUGCUCUCAGAAAGUUUUUGAAAUUUACAAAAUCUUGCAAAAAUACUUAAAUACAACUUGAAAGAAAUGUUUGUUAUUUCGCUGUCGUCAAUGCAGUCGUUAUAAUGCAAAUUUCAAAUUUGACCAAUCAAUGUUCACUAUUCACGACAGUCCGCUACAUAUUUUGAGAUCAGUGAGGAUGACCACCCAUGAACGGUGAGCCAUGCGCCCAUGAUAUUUGAUGAACUUUAGACUUCGCUAGUGCAUUCCUUUCCUUGGUGUAAAUAGCCAGGCGGAAUUAGUACCCUCGCACGGCGCUUCGCGCCGUCCGCUCGGAGACAAAAUACACUGUGUGGUAAGUCAAUGAGGAUCAUCAAACUAUUUUUCGAGUUAAUUUACUUUGAAGCCAAAUGUCAGCAAUAUUAAUUGAAACAUAAUUGUUAAUAUAGCAAUAGCAGUUGCGCUAUUUUUGUGACAAAUUGAAAUUAUUUAUAUGAAAAAACCCUGUUUGUUUUUCGACGAGUAAUAAUAAACUGAAAAUACGGAUAUAUAAGUAUGAUGUAUAUGAGUACGACAUUGAAUUAUAUAGGUGAAAAAACUCUUAAUGUAUUAUAUUUUCUUCUCUCUUCUUCUCCAGAACUCGUUGUCCAACAUGCCAUGAAAGUUUCGCUCACAAACUUGUGAGACGACAGACUGGAACGAAAACUGCAAAGAAAAGUUGAACCAAAAUCCUGGAAAUUGCGUGCUAUACGUGCAAGCACUUAAGGUGGCUCGCUACAGUUUAUAGAAAUGUUGAAAAUGCGUAAAGUAGAUCACUUUUUUGAAGAGAUGAUGCUCUUCACAAAUCGAAAUUUGUAUGUUAUAUAUACAGCGACAAUCAAACAGUCGAAAAUUGCUCAGAAAAGUGACGUGACCACUGUUGCUAUGGCAACAAUGACGGUUCAAGAUGGCCGAUAUUUUGGCUUUGAACGCAUUUUACUUUAAAAAAAGGUCGGUUACCCUCAUUUUUUAUUUCAGAAAACAUUUUCUUGAUAGCGCAGGUAUACCGCAGGCAUAUAUGUGAACCAGGCUAAAGAAAGAGUAAAGUAAUGUGCUUAGCUGAUAUUUUAUUUCGCUUGAAUAUACUUCUUCGCCAAAUUGCCUUUCUUUUUACUGAAGUGAAGUCGAUCGUUUAAGAACUGAAUAUCGAACAACAUGGUCAUGGAGCAUGCAAAACGUACUUGCAUCCAAGGACGUCAAAUUAAAGCCACGUUACUUCGAAAACUACAGGGUGUAUAAAAAAAACUGCAAACACUAUAAUUUGCAUAAUUCUGUAACCUACCUUUUUUAAAGUAAAAUGCGUUCAAAGCCAAAAUAUCGGCCAUCUUGAAUCAUCAUUGCUGCCAUAGCAACAGUGGUCACGUCACUUUUCUGAGCAAUUUUCGGCUGUUUAAUUUUCCAUAGAGUAGCAUUAUUAAAUAAAGUUAACAAAAGCCAAAACAAUUCUAAAAGUAUAACAGUGUUAGAUAGACUACUCUUAAAAUUUUGAGAAUUAUCGAAUUUAAAUAGGUAUUACAAUUUUUAGUAGUGAGUAAUAUGUUUAUGUUGUAAAUACUGCAUUUUACAGUUAGUUUAUAGACUCUGUAAUUCAAUUUAUUGCGUCAGCUAUACAUAGCGGUCAGUUUCGCGUUUGUGCCUGAUCAAAUGUAACUUUUACAUGUCUAUUACAUUUAAAAGAUGAAUCAAUCUAAUCAACAUUGUCCCAUUUAUGUCGUAAUUCGUCCUUCUUUCAUCUAAAAUUAAUAUUUACUUGAAAGUUGAAACUGUGGAUUUGUCCUUUGGAUAGUGGACGUAAACUACUUGUGGACCUUGGAUUUUUAUGCGCUGGUUAAUGCUAUCCAAGCUUUUUAUACCGGAUUAAAUAAUUCACUCGGA